GAGCACCCUUGCAACACAGACCGGGGACUCCAGAGGGCGGCGCGGGUUUUCAGCAGGUUUAAACACAGCUCUGUGGACAAGGUCGAGCUUUGUAGAACUUGUCAACUUCCCGGAGCACAAAGUCAUAUAACUUUGGCUUCUUUGUCUUAUAAAUUUUUUAGCAAAAACCGAAUUCUGCUGCGUUUUCUGAGGAGAGAGAAUUAGCGCGUUAGCUGCUCUGAGGUAACUGCUGACGCCUUCAUCAGCCUCCUUCUUCUUGUUUUUCCGUCAGUAUUUCUGACAGCAUGGGCUCCAACGGCACAGCAACACCACAAGGCAUGGAUGGAGAUCCGGAUUUGAAUUUUCUUCUGAACGGUGCAGAGCUCGUGAAGGUUCGCUCGGGCUCGUGGAGGAAGGUGCGAUUCUACAAGCUGCAGGAGGACUGCAAGACCGUGUGGCACGAGUCCAAAAAAACCCUGCGGCCAAAGCACACCUUUUCCAUUGAGGAUGUAGAGUGUGUGCGCUCUGGCCGGCACACGGAGGGUCUCAGGAAGUACACAGACGAGGCGUUGGAAUCUCGGGCAUUCUCCAUCCUGUUCAAGGGCCGCCACAAAAACCUAGACCUGAUCGCCACCACCGAGGAGGAGGCCAAGCACUGGGUGUCAGGCCUGGAGAAGAUCAUCUCCAACAUGAGCAAGCUCAGCCAACAACAGAGGACUGAACACUGGAUCUUCAACUGUUUGCGUAAGGCUGACAUAAACUGUGACAAGAAGAUGAGUCCAGAAGAAGUGAAGCGCUUCCUGCAGGACAUCAACAUAGAAGUGGACAAUGAAUACGUCAAGUUGCUAUUUGAAAAAUGUGAUCAGUCCAAAUCUGGCUUACUGGAGGGAAAAGAAAUUAAGCACUUCUAUGAGAUCCUGACUGACAGGGAAGAGAUCGGCGUAAUCUACGGAACGUAUGCGAAAACUGAGGGACUAAUGAGUGCUGCCAACCUGCUGAACUUCCUGACAAAGGAGCAGAGGGAGAAGGUGGACCUGACUCACGCCACACAGCUCAUCGAGAAAUAUGAAGUAGAUGAAACGGCCAAAGCAAAGCAGCUGAUGACGAAAGACGGCUUUCUGAUGUUCCUGCACCAGCCCGAAGUGCUGAUCAUGAGCCCGGCCCAUAAGAGUGUGUACCAGGACAUGAGCCAGCCAUUAAACCACUACUUUAUCUCCUCCUCUCACAACACGUACCUUCUGAAAGACCAGCUUAAAGGCCCAAGCAGCACUGAGGGCUACAUACGAGCGCUAAUGAAGGGCUGUCGCUGCGUGGAGCUGGACGUCUGGGACGGCUCAGACGGGGAGCCGAUUAUCUACCAUGGCUACACGUUGACCUCCAAGAUCCUCUUUAAGGAUGCCAUCCAAGAAAUUAAGGAGUAUGCCUUUAAGACGUCAGAGUACCCAGUGAUCCUGUCCCUGGAGAACCACUGCAGUGUAGACCAGCAGAUCCUGAUGGCCAAGCACAUGCACUCCAUCCUGGGUAGUGCUCUGAUCACCAAACCCCUGGGAGAACACAUGCCCACAGCGUUGCCCUCUCCAGAGGAGCUGAAGGGUCGGUUUCUGAUCAAAGGCAAAUGCCUGAAUAAACUGGAGGAUUACUUCUCAGACCAGGCGGCUACAAAAGAAGACGAGUCUGUGACAGAAGAAGAAGAUGCCCGUGAUGAUGAUGAUGAGGAUCAUUCUGAAAACAAUAAGAAGUCAAAGACACUGAAGCUAGCUAAAGAGCUCUCGGACCUCGCAAUCUACUGCAAAAGUGUCAAGUUCCAAGGAUUUGGGCACGCGCGGACUCAUCAGUCCUUUUACGAGAUGUCCUCUUUUAAAGAAUGGGAUGCACUGAAUUUUGCAGAGAAGUCAGCAAAUGAAUUCAUUCGUCAUAAUGUGGACAAACUGAGUAGAAUUUACCCCUCUGGAGCAGUAAGGACAAAUUCCUCCAACUUCAACCCCGUGCCCAUGUGGAACUCCGGCUGCCAAAUUGUGGCCCUCAACUUUCAGACGCCGUGCGCAGAGAUGGAUCUGAACCAGGGCCUGUUUAGCCAAAAUGGACAGAGCGGCUACAUCCUGAAGCCGACCUACCUCCGAGAAAAAGAGUCUGAGUUUGACCCCAUCACGCUCAUCCGAGGACCAUGGCUCAAGCACAUCGAGUUCCAUGUGAUGGUGAUCUCAGCACAGCAGUUACCCAAAAUGAGCGAGAAGUCGCUAUCCAUCGUAGAUCCCCUGGUGCGAGUGGAGAUCCACGGCGUGCCUGCGGACACGUCCAAAAGAGAGACGCAGCACAUUCAGAACAACGGUUUCAACCCCAUGUGGAACGAGAAUUUCCAGUUUGACCUAUACGUGCCUGAACUUGCGCUGGUGCGCUUCGUUGUGGAGGAUUAUGAUAGCGUGUCCAGCAACGACUUCAUCGGCCAGUGCACAGUGCCGUUCACCAGCCUACAGACCGGAUAUCGUCAUGUGCCGCUGUACAACCAGAAUGGAGACCUCCUCUCCUCAGCUCAACUUUUUGUUCACCUCAUGGCUGUGGACGCAGAAUAAGUCUAAAGACCAUUAUUCCAGCGCUUCCCAUCCAGUCUAAAAACCUCAGCCUGGCUGAGGAGGAAAGAGCUGAACACAAGACUCAGGUUGGAGCUGGACCAGAACAGAACAAAAACUGAGCAAUAAUUUAACCAGUGAGACACUAUAAGGCUUUAAAUCUACUCAUAACAUCCACCACGGUCAACACUAAGCAACUAAACAUGUAGCUGUAGUACAAUAACCUGACGAGUUAAUAAACUAGAUUAAUAUUUUCUUAUAGAUGUUUUUAGAUGUUUUUAAAGAGUGCUACUUGGCUUCUAAUACAUUCCACUAUUUAAGAUUUUA